GCGGCCUCAGUGGGCAGCAUCUUUAGCAUCUCGGAAGGCUCGACUCGUACGGAUCCCUUAAAUCCUCCUUUCAGUAGAAGACCGAGUUUUUCUCCCUUUUACACUCACUUGGGGCCCCUUCGGAGGUAUACAGCCUUGGCGGGUUUUGCGCGAGCCGGAACCGCGGGCCAAAGAGCGCAGAUCGAGGUAGGGACGGUUUGAGCGCCACACUCGGGAGCGCCGGAAGUGGGCUCCGAGAACCCGGAUCUCGCCCGAGCGGACUCAGGAUGGAGACGGAAGCGGUUCAGGGAGCCCGAACAGCAGCCUCAGCAGCCUCAGCUUCAAUCAUCUCAAAGCCAGGCUCGGGGCUGGCAGGGGGCGCCCUGCACUGGGGGGAGCCAAGCGAGCCACAGGCCCCCAAGGCCCCCCAGAGCCGGGCCCCUGCCCAGCCCGAGGAGGACGGGCAGGACGAGGAAGGCGAUCGGGAGGACCCUGGUGUCCGGGCCAUGCUGCGCGCUGUGGCUGGCAGCAGCCACGUCCCCGUGCAAAGCCAGCAGAAGGAUGAGCCCGACUUCACUGAGAGGGAGAAGGUGGCCAUCCUGGGCCGCCUCUACCGGGACAAGCCCCUGGUCUUCCUGGAGCGCUUCCGGAGCAGCCUCCGCGAGGAGCACCUGGCCUGUUUCCAGCACCUGCGCGGGGACUACCGGGCCGACUUCUAUUGCGCAGAGGUGUUGCGGGGCAGCAGCGGCCGGGACAGGGCCUCCCGCACCCGGCUCAGGAACCGGCGCUAUGCUGCCCUCCAGGAGCUCAUCAGGGGUGGGGAGUACUUCAGCGACGAGCAGAUGCGGGCGCGGGACCCUCUGCUCUAUGAGCAGUACAUUGGACAGUACCUGAGUGAGGAAGAGCUGGCUGCCACCCGCUGCUCUGAGAGCCUGGCCCCUGAUGGCUGCCCCCUGGCCGACCUGCUCCUCCAGUCCUACCAGGAGGGGAUACUGCAGCGAAGGCUGCUGCAGCAGCAGGAGGAGGAGGAGGCCUGCUUGGAGGAGGAGGAAGAGGAGGAAGAGGACGACUGCGAGGAGGAAAAUUCAGGGCCGGGGCAAGAGGAGGAGGCCUGGGUCCCCGACUCCGAGGAAAAGGUCAUCCUGAGAGAGGAGUUCACCAGCAGAAUGCACCAGCGCUUCUUGGAUGGCAAAGAUGGAGACUUUGAUUACAGUAAGGUGGACGACAACCCAGAGUUCGACAACUUGGACAUUGUGAAUCGGGAUGAGGAAGAGCGCUAUUUCGAUGAGGAAGAGCCCGGGGAGGUGCUGAGCACGGAGCCAGAGCAGGAAUAGCCGCCCUCCCCACCCCCACCCCCGUAGCUCGGCUGGAGUCUGUGACCCUCUAUGAAAGCUGCUCAGCGGCUCCGCGGCUCCCUCUCUUUGUUCCUCCUCUUCCCUGCCUGGCCCGGAACUCUGGAGAGAAUCUGCCUGCCUCUGGCCAGAACAGAAAAGAGGUGGCCCCCGGCUCCCCCCAGUCCCCAACCACAGCCACAACUUUCCCUUCCUUCACUUCCUCCGGGCCUGUUUACACUCCCCAAAUACUUGCAGCCUGUUA